AUGGCAGAACUGAAAGCUAGUUUGGCGUGUGCAGUGCUUCUCUCGUACACAGCGUUUCUUUUAAGUUCUGCGGUUCUCGCAUUUGUCGAGGAUCUCGAUGACACAUUUAAGGACAACAGAAUGGAUGAUGUUUGGCUGGUAGAUUUUUAUGCACCGUGGUGCGGGUACUGUAAAAAACUGGAACCCAUCUGGCACGACGUGGGCGCAGAACUGAAGAAUUCUGGUUCGCCAGUCCGAGUUGGCAAGAUGGAUGCCACUGCUUAUUCUGGUGUGGCGUCAGAGUUUGGAGUGCGGGGAUACCCUACAAUAAAACUACUAAAGGGCGAACUAGCCUAUACUUAUAAAGGCCCCAGGACCAAAGAUGACAUCAUAGAAUUUGCGAACAGAGUCGCCGGGCCAGCGGUCCGAUCCCUCCCGAGCAGACAGAUGUUUGACCAUGUUCUGAAGAGACACGAUGUGUUGUUUGUGUAUGUCGGAGGUGAAUCUCCACUGAAGGAGAAAUAUAUCGACGUGGCGUCCGAACUCAUCGUUUACACCUACUUCUUCUCCGCCUCUGAAGACGUCUUGCCAGAGUCUGUGAAUUUGCCGGAGUUGCCUUCAGUGGUGGUCUUCAAGGAUGGGAGCUUCUUCACGUACGAUGAGUAUGAGGAUGGCAGUCUUUCCUCCUGGGUGAACAGAGAGCGUUUCCAGGGUUACUUGCAGAUCGAUGGAUUCACCCUCUAUGAACUUGGGGAGACAGGUAAAUUGGUGGCAAUUGCAGUUAUCGAUGAAAAGGAGCCAACAGAGGAAAACAUCAGGUUAAAAGGUCUUAUUCAGAGAGUGGCUACAGAAUACAGGGAACAUUUCAACAGAGACUUCCAGUUUGGCCACAUGGAUGGAAAUGACUACAUUAAUGGUCUUAUCAUGGGUGAGGUGACUGUCCCCUCCAUCAUCAUCCUCAACACAUCUAACGAGCAGUAUUUCUUACCCAGCGAGCCAGUAGAAACAUUGGAACAGCUGGUCCACUUCAUCAACAGCGUGCUGGAUGGUUCAGCUCAGGCCUACGGGGGAGACGGAAUCUUCCAGAGAAUAAAACGGGUGGCUUAUGACGCCAGGUCUACUGUGAUGUCGGUGUUCCGCAGCUCUCCGGUGCUGGGCUGUUUCCUGUUUGGUCUGCCACUGGGCGUGAUUAGCCUCAUGUGUUACGGCAUCUGCACGGCCGAGUCCGACGACGGAGCCGAGGAGCUGGAGAUGAUGAAGAGGGAGGGCCUGACCGACGAGGAAGAGGAGGAAGAGGAAGAGGAGGAGGAGAGACGCCGACAGGCCGGCAAACCGGAGGCCCCGGAGGACGAGGAGGGAGAGGUAGAAAGGGACGAGAAGAGCGCGGUGGAAAAGAAGACUGAUUAAGGAUCGGGGGGGGGGGGGGGGUCG